AUGUCCAUGGCAAAGGGUGCCAGGAGUCCCCAGGGAGCUGUUGACCUCAACCUGGACCUCAGAUCCCCUCCUGAGGGUGCCAAGGAGCUGCCGAACAAGGACUCCGGUUUCUUGGAUGGAAGCCCUUCUGAGUCACCGGGCUUGGAGACAACCAAGGGCAUAACAGCAUUCCAGACCUUGGUUCACCUGGUGAAAGGUAACAUAGGCACAGGGGUCCUGGGACUCCCGCUGGCUAUGAAGAAUGCAGGCAUCCUGAUGGGCCCACUCAGUUUGCUGGCCAUGGGCCUCAUCUCCUGCCACUGUAUGCACAUCCUGAUCAGGUGUGCCCGGCGCUUCUGCCACAGGUUCAAUAAGCCCUUUAUGGACUAUGGGGAUACAGUGAUGCAUGCACUAGAAGCCAACCCCAGCGCCUGGCUCCAGAACCACGCACGCUGGGGAAGGUGUAUUGUGAGCUUCUUUCUUAUAGUCACCCAGAUGGGCUUCUGCUGCGUAUACAUUGUGUUUCUGGCUGAUAAUUUAAAACAGGUAGUGGAAGCCAUUAAUAGCACAACCAACAACUGCCAUUACAACGAGACAGUGAUUCUGACGCACACCAUGGACUCUCGACUCUACAUGCUCACCUUCCUGCCCUUCCUGGUACUGAUAGUUCUCAUCCGGAACCUCAGGGUCCUGACUAUCUUCUCCCUGUUGGCCAACAUCACCAUGCUGAUCAGCUUGAUCAUCAUUGUCCAGUACAUCGUCCAGGAAAUUCCAGACCCCCGCCAGUUGCCACUGGUAGCAAAUUGGAAGACCUACUCACUCUUCUUUGGAACAGCCAUUUUUUCAUUUGAAAGCAUUGGUGUGGUUCUGCCCUUGGAAAACAAGAUGAAGGAUGCCCGCCGCUUCCCAGUCAUCCUGUCUUUGGGAAUGUCCAUCAUUACUGCCCUCUACAUCAGUGUCGGGACUCUGGGCUACCUGCGGUUUGGAGACGAUGUCAAAGCCAGCAUAACCCUUAACCUGCCCAACUGCUGGCUGUACCAGUCAGUCAAGAUCCUCUACGUCAUUGGAAUCCUGUGCACCUACGCCCUGCAGUUCUACGUCCCUGCGGAAAUCAUCAUUCCCUUCGCCACCUCCCACGUGUCGAAGCGCUGGGCACUGCCUCUGGACUUGUUCAUUCGCCUCGCCAUGGUCAGCCUGACAUGCGUCUUGGCUAUCCUCAUCCCCCGCCUGGACCUGGUCCUCUCCCUGGUGGGCUCCCUGAGUGGCAGUGCCCUGGCCCUCAUCAUCCCACCCCUCCUGGAGAUCACCACCUACUACUCAGAGGGUCUGAGCCCCGUCACCAUCGUCAAGGACACCCUGAUCAGCAUCCUGGGCUUCGUGGGCUUUGUGAUGGGGACCUACCAGGCCCUAGACGAGCUGAUCCAGUCAGGAAGCUCUCUCACCUUUUCCAACUCCACUGUUUUUAUUCAGUGA